AUGCCGAGCACCAGCGAGCGCCCCUGGCUGCACGAGGCGCCGCAGUACGGGCUGCGCAUGCUGGCGGCUGUCGACCCAGACAACCCGGCCGUGCUUCGGUUCGCGGCGCCUGCGGAGGCGCUCCCCGAGGACACGAGAGCGCGAGAGUGCGGCUCGGGCGAUCUGGCCGCCUUCGCCGAGGGGCGUGGCACCGCACCACAGCUCGAGCUGAGGCUGCCUGCGGGCGGAAACGGCUCGAAACUGUGGCGAUGUGCGCUGUUGCCCUGCGGCGCCACUGACGUCGGCGAGGCCGCUGCGGUGCUGCACGUCCACGGCGCGCCUUCCGAGCGCAGGGUGACUUGGAUGGCGCUCACGACGUUGGAGCCGCCGCCGAUCAGUGAGGCCGCCGCCGCACUCGUGCCCGCCUUCAGCGACGCACAGCGAUUCGAGGCAGAGUACGCCUCCCUCCUGCCACCUGCGCUGCGUUCGCGCGGCUUUGGCGCGCGGCUCGAGCACUGGUCGGUGGCGGUCGAUCCGUCGGUUGAGCCAUUCUUGCCCGCCUCUGCCGCGGCGGCCUGCGCUGUCGCCGUGCCGCCAGCGCCGGCCGAAUGGGCUGAGCUGAUGGUGCGGCGCAAGGGCUGCACCUCCGUCGAGCUCAAGUCGCCGCCGCCGCCGCGUGAGCUGCGGCUGGGCCGCGGAGCCCUCGCCGACGUGCGUCUCGCAGCCGCCCUGCUGCGUUGGCGCGGCUGCGCGGCACCCGACUGCGGCGAGCGCGGCGCGGCGGCCAUGCUGCAUUGCCACGUCAACGUGCGCUCCUCCGAGGGGGGCGGCGAGCUGCUGUGCGCGCGCGAGCUCCUGAGCGUCUUUUGCGCCUGGCUGCAGUUCGAGCACGUUGCCGCGUCGCUGACUCGCUCGUGGGUGCGGCGUGACCGUUGGUGUGCGCCGCUCUAUGCCACGGGGCCCGAGUUUUCCUUUAGCGACAAGCCGUGGGCGCAGGGAGGACACAGGCCGUUACCGCCGCACUUGCUCGACGCGCCGGCCUUCCUGCGUCGCGCGCACACGCUGUGGCGUGGCGAGUGCUGCGCGCUGGCGAGCGAGGAGGAGCGCGUGCAGCGCCUUUUCGCGGUGACACCGGGGCGGCUGGCGUCGCUCAACGUCGAGGCGGUGCUCAAGACGGGCACGUACGAGUUCCGCCGCCACCACGCCACCACCUGCGGCGACGCGGCGCGCAACUGGUGUCUCUUCUGCGUGGCCUUUGUCGAGGCGGCGCGACCAGGCGACGGUGCCUGCCUCGGGCGCGGCGCUGAGGCGCUUCUGGACGCGCAGAGCCCGGAGCAGGCGCUCACGAGGCUGCGCGAGGCGCAGCUGCUCGCCACCCGAGAGGGGCUCGUUGCGCUGCUCGCGCGGGUGCUAGGGGAGGGCGAGGCGCGCGCUCUGGUGGAGGCCAUGGCAGCAGAGAGCUGCGUCUGA